AGUUCUUACUUUUCCCUGAAAUUUCCAUUGAAAUUCCUGUCAAGUGAAUAACAAUGGGAUGUAUCAAAGGAGCAUGGCGUCUCGAUAUUGGAUUAAUGAUACUGUAUCAGAUGACACUGUUCUUCUCGGUUCAAAUGCUUUUUGUCAUUUUUCUAGAAUAUAUGCCAAAGACUCAUUGUACAGAAGAUCGCUACUGUUACAAAUUGAAAAAUAAAUGUAUGAGUGACUUCGAUCGCCAUUCUGAUAGUGAUGUGUGUCCAUUUGCCUCCACGAAUUUUGAUCAAUGUGUCGUUGCCGCAAAUAAAACUGAUUUUUAUUCAGCGCAAUACGAGUAUCAACAGGAUUGUACUGGAUUGAAAUACUUCUCCUCUUCGACAUCCACAUUCUUGGGAACUCUUGUGGGUAACCUGAUUCUUGGAUAUCUAUCAGAUACAAUCGGCCGUCGUCCUGUCUACAUAUUCUCAAUUCUUCUUGGAGUUCCAUCAGUUAUUCUGUCUGCUGCUUUGAAUGAUGUCAUGAGUUUCUACAUUUUCCGUUUUCUAGUUGGUUUUGCAAUUGCUGGAACAUUAACUGUUGGAUGGACAUAUGCAUCUGAAAUGGUUAUUCCAUCUAGAAGAUUCAGAUUGAGAACUUUUCCGAAUUGGGCGAAUGCUAGAAUGAUGCAAGUUGGAGUAUCGUGGUUAGCUGGUGAAUGGAGAUUGGCAUCAUAUUUGUGUGCAGCACUAUCAGCUACAGUACUCCCAAUGAUUUGGUAUCUUCCCGAGAGCCCAGUAUUUUUGGAGCAAAAGAAAAAGUACAAAAGAGCCGAGCGUUCUCGUGAAAAAAUCGCUGGAAUCUGUCAAUUGGAAUACGAACCAAAAGCACGUGAGGAGAUGCAGGAUUUGAAGAAAAUUACGCCGAUUAAAUUGUUGAAAAGUCCAGUGCUCAGAACUAAUUUUUUGGUUCUUUGUUGGAUGUGGUUCUACGUGGGAAUGUCGGUUUACAUCACGGAUUUGAACAGUGGAGAUAUGGCUGAAAACUUCUAUGUUGGACAAUUUCUUUGUGGACUUGUGCUCACUGUUUCUAAAAUUAUGAUAGGAAUCCUGGAGCCAAAAAUCCCGUGGCUCGGCCGCCGUUGUCUUUUCAUUUCCUCCCAAAUAAUUGCCAUUCUUGCCUACAUAACUAUUCUAACUGCUCUCUGGACAAGAAACAAAGUGUCAUGGUGGUAUACUGUAGCUUAUAUCCUUGCAUAUGCUGGUCAGUCUCUGUGCCUUGAAACUUGCUACCUAUCACUUGCUGAGCUAAUGCCAACUGAUGUCCGCACAAUCUCGGGAGCACUUAUGAAUAUUUUAAUGAAAAUUGGAACUAUUCUGGCGUCAACUACAAAACCAAUCAAAUUUUGGUAUGAACCACUGCUUUUCAUCAUUAAUACAAUUAUUUGUACUGGUGGAUUGAUCAUCGUUUGGAAAUAUUUACCGGAAUCGAAAAAUAUGAAUAUGCAAUUGGUUGGACAAGAUGAUAUUGACGAGGAUGAGGAUGAUGAUUCAAAUAAAACAGAAAAGCCAUCUGAAAUUCCAUCAGAAGCAACAAAAAGUGUUAAAACAUCUACGGAGGCAACUGAAAUGGAAUCGGAAGUUGAAACGGAAAAGUCAUCCACAUCUUAGAUUUUUUACUGUUUCACAACGUUUUUAUAAAAGAAUGACUAGACA